AUGAGCUCUUUCGAGUCACCGAUGAGAGCUGCUUUUUCAGAUUUCUGUGCAAUACCGUUGACACAGCCUCUGAAAAUGAACUGUACUGUUCCUGAAGGCUUUAUUCCACUCCCUGGUUUCAACUGCACGUGGCUGUGGCAUGACAAUAACUUAUCCUUCUACGUACCCUAUGAAGAUGAGACCCUUUAUGAAGUUCCCGGCGGCAUCAUCGUCCUGCUUUCCGUCUUCUACGGGACUAUCUCAGUGGUGGCAGUGGUCGGCAACUUCCUGGUGAUGUGGAUCGUGGCCACCAGCAGGAGGAUGCAGAACGUUACCAACUGUUUCAUAGCCAACCUAGCCCUGGCCGAUAUAGUCAUAGGGCUCUUCGCCAUACCUUUCCAGAGCGGAGGCAAUCCGUACAAGCUAGCGUGUGUUUUUAGGCUAAAUGCGGAUCGGGGCAAAGAAAUCCGGAGUAGACCAAGAGAGCGCCCUGCUUUAGUGUUUUUAGUAGAAGAUUUCAAGUAA